AUGGUUUAUGUUUGCCUUUAGGUUGCGCUGCGAGGCCAGGGGAGGAGGCAACAGGGGCCUCUGAACAUGAACCAUUAUGCCAAUAAGAAGAGUGCGGCAGAGAGCAUGCUGGAUGUAGCUCUACUGGUGGCCAACACCUCACAGCUGAAGGCUGUGAUGGAGCAAGGACCCGGCUUCACCUUCUAUGCACCCCUUAUCACUCUCAUUAGCAUCUCUCUCAUCCUACAAAUCAUAGUGGGAGUUCUGCUCAUCUUCAUAGUUAAGUGGAACCUGAAUGAUACACGCAUGCACUUCAAGCUGAACAUCUUGGAGAAUACCACCACAGCCUUCGUCGUUAUCAUAGUCGUGGUCAACGUCUUCAUUACAGCCUUUGGUGUACAGCGGCCCAACCCGAGUUCUUGAUCACCCUUUACAGGACUCUACAUGCCUGCUGAUCAACUUAGUAAAGAAGGACCUCCACAUUAUUUACACAAAUAUGCAGAAUAUUUAUUCCCCAAACUAAGUGGCAUUGCACUCAGUGGCGUUUUCUCCCGGAGGCCAAGGGAAGCCAGGCUUCCCCUGUUUUUUCGGAUUGUAGUUAUAAUUUAAAUAAAUAAAUACAAACACUUUG